GAAGUAAGGGUGGGGGAGCAUGACAGCCAUCUCCGAUCACACGGAAGUCAAAAUGGGAAACAGACAGGCAAAAAGGAGGAGGUGUUUCAGUGGUGGGGGGAGUGGUCUACGUGGUCCUCCUGUUCCAGGAGCUGUGGAGGAGGAGUGAGGAGCCAGGAGAGACACUGUCUCAUGCAGAGGCUGUCCUCCACUCAAAAUGUUAACAGCUCCUGUUGUGUUGGCUCCCCUAAGAAGUACCAGCUCUGUUCAAAGCAGCCGUGUCCCAGCACCAGUGUUAGCUUCAAGCAGCACCAGUGUUCCCAGUUCAACUCUAAAGCCUUUGGAAGGAGAUACUAUCAGUGGAUACCCCUGUACCCAGCCGAUUACAUCAGCAUCUCCAAUAGACCAUGUGACCUGCAGUGUACCACCAUCAGUGGUGAGCGACAGCUGCUGGUUCCUGCCCACGAUGGCACCUCCUGUCGGGAUACUAAAAACCAUGGAGUGUGUAUCGAGGGGAUGUGUCAGCCUGUGGGGUGUGAUGGGGAGCUGUACAGCAGUAAGACUGUAGACAGAUGUGGUGUGUGUGGAGGAAACGGGACAUCGUGCCAGCGGAUCUCUGGAUCCUACAGGAAGGCACUCACACAAAGCCUCAUUAGACGUGCUCUGAAUGGAAGGACGGCUGUCAAGAAGCCACUGUUAAGGAACAGAAAGAGGGAGAACAGGCUGAAGUAUGCCACAUUAGAACUGGACUGGAAAUCGCAGUACUACAACUUGAAUGGGAAACUCCCCCAUAUCACCUAUGAGUAUACCAUCCCACUCAAGUCUCAAGCAGCUGCCGCGGCCUCACGCCACUCCAAUCUUAACCUCACCUAUAAUGACGUAAACGUGGAUGUCAGAGGGGAUCAGAGUAUCUCGAUGAACCACAGCAGAGGGUCAGCAUCUGUCCAUCACGACCUGCACGACCACCCAGAUGUCCAGCUGCAGGAAGAAGAGGAGGAAGUGGUGUGGGAGAUCCAGACCGCCAGACCAGCACCAGUGGACAUUAUGGUCUACAGACCAGCUGACGUCAUCACUCGUGUGUUUAGUCACAAUGAUGUGGAGGAACAGGGACCUCCAGCACCAUCUGGCUACAAAAGCUCUUCCAACUCUUCCAACGAGCACUCGGCUGAAGAUGACAACACGCUAAUGCUCACCUUCCCAGGUGAUCAGAGGGUUCAUCCUGCAGCAGAAGAUGCUCCCCACCUGCUGCUGGAGGAGACAAACACUCACUCAGCCACACACACACCCACUGAGCAGCAGUCAGUUGCUGCUGCAGACACAGACACAAGCUCACAAAUGCACAGGGACGUUGUCACAGUCAUGGACUCUGUGACCUCAGAAACAGUCAGUGGUCCUCACACCGCCAUCCUGGUAGAGCUGCAGCAGGUGUCAGAGGUCCAGGCAGCCGACACGGAGAGCAACAACUUUGAUGUGGAGCCACAUAUUAGUCUGGGAGACCUGUAUAGCUGGAAGGUGUCUGCUUAUGCUCCAUGCAGUUCCACCUGUACAACAGGUAUCACCAGCACAUAUGCCCUGUGCGUCCGGUAUGAUGGCACUGAAGUUGACGACCGUUAUUGUGACUCUCUGACCCGACCGGAGCCCACACAAGAGUUCUGCAUUGGAAAGCAAUGUCCUCCACGAUGGGAGACGAGUGGUUGGAGCGCGUGCUCUCGGACGUGUGGCGAGGGCGUGCAGUAUCGUAUCGUGCGUUGCUGGAAGAUGCUGUCUCCUGGGUUCGACUCCUCUGUCUACGAUUCGCUCUGUCUGUCACAUGAUCUCCACAAACCAGCCAAUAGGAAGGUGUGCCACGGCCAAAGCUGCGGACCCCAGUGGGAGGUGUCGGAGUGGUCGGAGUGCUCAGCACGCUGUGGCUCUCGGGGCAUCCGCACUCGAGAGGUUCGUUGCUCUAUGGAGAGGAAACUGUGUAACGAGACCUCUCGGCCAAUAGAGAGUCAGGAAUGUGAAGGCCCACCUUGUGACAGACGAUGGAGCGUUUCUGAUUGGGGACCUUGCUCAGGUGAGUGCGGGGAGGGCAGGAUGGUGCGUUCUGUGACCUGCCGUUCGUCAGGCGGACUUGUGAUGUCAGACGGGCAGUGUGACCAGCCGUUACGCCCGUUGGCCAUCUAUCCCUGCGGUGACAGAGACUGUGCUCCACACUGGGUUGAGCAGGAGUGGCAACAGUGUAACGCUACCUGUGGCCGCGGCGUGCGACAGCGUCAGGUGGUGUGUGCUGGCCUGGAAGGAGGAGUGUUCAAAGAGUUUCCAGACAGCAGCUGUAACCAAACCAACAAACCGCAGAUGAGCUCAUCCUGCUUCCAGAGACCCUGCUCCAAGUGGUUCACCACAUCCUGGUCUCAGUGCAGCAAGACCUGUGGGCGUGGCGUCCAGGUUCGAGAGGUCAAGUGUUACCAAGGGGAGGAGCUGGUAACGAGGGGUCACAGCUGCGACUCUGCCCUCAAGCCAGAAACCAAGCAGAGCUGUGAAAUCCAGAGCUGUCCGACAGAAGCACCAGCAUCACAAGGAGCAGACUUCUGCCAGGACAAAGCAACAGCCAACUGUGCCCUGGUUCUCAAGGUGAAGCUGUGUUCCCACUGGUACUACAGGAAGGCCUGCUGCCAGUCCUGUAAGGCACCCAGACCCUGAAGCCUUCGCUGUAACCUCUCACCUCAGCAUCAGCCAGUUACCAAAGGUCACGCUUUUAUUGGUGCUACACAAAGCUCGCUGCUCGCCGCAGUACAUCAACAUAACCUGAUUACUUUUAUCCAAUCAUUGAUGUCAAAGGUCAACUUAUGGUCACUGUAUGAUUCUCUCCUUAUCAUUGUGGAAAGUAUACCAGUACGAGGUCUUCUCCCAGCAUCCUUUCUGAACUAUAUCACUGACUGUGGUACUAGUUUAGUCACAACCUCCACCUCAGACAAUGUGAAGAUAGACUAGCUUUAGGGGGCGGAGCUGGGUGAUGAGGAGGAAACAGUUCUUUCUGUGUUCAUCGCUCCAGAUAACAAAUGUGUCAUUUCUACGGUGCUAAAGAAGCUGUAUGUAAACACGUCAGAGCCUAAAGCGACGGUCGUCACUGUGGCAGCAGACUGAGACAGGCGGGGAAACUCGGCCCUGUCCUUAAUGUACACAAACGGGGAGUUUGGGCAGGUUGUCCUCCUGCUGCCAGCAUGGAACGCAGCUCCUCGUCCUCCCCGCACAGCACGGCUACCGUAAUGUCACCUGUCGUGUCCAUACCGCCGCUUACGUCUUCAAAUCGAACUGCAUUUGAACAAUAUUUUCAGCCCUUCAAAUGGAAACACAGCUGAUAUUCAAAGUGAACCUGGACACAGCAUAGAAAAAAAACAGCUCAUUGUGUUUCCAUUUAAAUGAAAGAAUCCAAAGUAUUAACUGAGUUUAUCUAUACAGCAUCAAAUCAUAAAGUCGCCUCACAGUGCUUCACGUUGUAUAUAACAUUGUAACGUGCCUUUUAAUGGGAUUAAUGUGCCUUUGGAACUAUUGUCAAGCGACAUCUAACUGAAAACUGCGUUUUCACUGCAGCAUCUCUAAAGAUUGUUUCCUAGCUGGUAGUAAUGAGUUGCCGUUGCACAAAAUGAUUCUUUAGCUUGCAGCCGGGGUCGUCCUCUGUAAAUAAGAUGGCUCUGGGAAAGCUGGUACAAGUUUACUGGUAAGGAGUCAAGAAACAAUUGUGACUUCUGUGGGCUUUUCAACCUGCAGCAGCUGAAGGACAACACGCCAGCCGUGCAAACAGAGCAGCAGGAACACGCUGCUGCCAGUGAAAACUGCCCGGGCCAAACUCUCGUCUGCGUAGUACACUGUUUGUUUACCUGAUGUUACACUGCCUCAGAGCUGCUGCUGCUCUGACUGUUUGUACUGUAUCCCACUGAAAGAAUUAAAGGUGAGUGUUUGUGUGUUGACCCACUGCUUCUUUGUAGUCGGACUGACCCUUGCAUUUAGCGAUGCUGUUGGAUACCAAGGUGUAGUUGUGAAAUAGAAGGAACGAGCUUAAACUUUAGUGGUGUGCAGCUUAAAGGUGGUAAUUCAAGCUAGGUUGUAUGUGUGUGUGAAUAAAAGAA